UGACAUUAAUGCGUAACGCAAUACAAGCUUAACCCAUUGACCAGUGUCCUUUUAGUGCUCAGUCAGUCAGUGCUCGGUGCUCAGUGCUCGCUCGUAAAAAAGUAACGCUCGACUUGUGCUUAGUACCUACAGUUAUGUGCAGAUUGAGUUAUUGUACGCUGCUGCUAAUCGCAGCUUGCUUUUAUCUAAUCUACUGCAGUCAGGCCAAGUCCUUGCAGGGCAACAGCAACAGCAAACUGGAUUUGCCAAAUCGCAUCAACGCUGGCAGCGCUGCCAACGGCGGCAGUCACAGCGGCAGAGCAGCAUCAGCGGCUGCGGAAGCACGACACAAGCGCGCCAUGGGCGAUUACAUGAAGCUGAACGACAUCAUUGACGAGCUGGAGGAGAACAGUUUGGUGCAGAAAGCUAGUGCGACGCUGCCGAACGCACAGCAGCAGGAAUUUGACCUGGAUAAUAUACCACCAUUGGCCUACUACCUGCUGUUGCAGAAACUUCGACAAUUGCAGAGCAGCGGGGAGCCGUCGUAUCGCGUGCGCACGCCACGUCUUGGACGCAGCAUUGACUUGCAGCCGUAUCUGGAGGAUAGGGAGGGCAGCGAGGAGUCGCAAGCAGCGGGUGGGCAGUUUAUGGCGCGUUUGACGAAAAAAUCGGUGCCGUUCAAGCCGCGCCUGGGCAAACGUGCUCAAGUGUGCGGCGGUGGGGAUUAAAUCAUGUCAACGCCAGGAACGAACAGGCAAAGGCACAAAGCACACGGCACAUGGCAGCGGCAGCGGCAGCGGCAACGUCAAGGACAAGCCCUUCGAACAAGGCUGAGGCCAGUGCCAGCGUUUUGGCUCUAUGCCAAGUUCACUUGCACCAACCCCACUAACACUAGCACUAACCCCCACCCCCAACCCUUACCAACGUUAAAGUAUGUACAAUAUAUUGAAUAUAAUCUACUAACUAUUCGUAUUAUUCACAGCUUAAUAAAAAUCUGUGUAGCCUAACUAGACACCAAGUGUUAAGAGAAAUUCAUUAUGCUAUAACGCUAUAAAUACAAUUGUUUAAAUAAAUUGCAGACCCCUUUGAC